CUGCAAACAGACGUAGUGCAGCCUACACAACAACAUCGUAUGGUCGAUUGUUCACGCAGUUUAGUUAUUCUCCCGGAAUAUGUCUUCGUUCGAAGAUGAAGAAAACCCUAACACACACAGCCGUACACAGGCGAGUUCACUGUUCGGCGUAAUAUCAAAACCCGAAUUCAAGAAUUUGAUUCCAAAUCUAUCAGAACCCAGUAGGCCAAUACCCAUUACUUGUUUCUCUCAGUCUCCAAGAUUUCAGCAACAAUAGGACCACAUGUGUUGCUUCUCAUCAUUAUCUCCCAUAGAUCAAUGACUCUCUGCUUGAGAGCUUCAAAAUCCAUAGCCAAAUGUAGCAGUAGAAGAAACCUAGAUUCAUUCAAGGUACGCCUCAUUUUUUCAUUCUCUUUUCAUCAAACUGCCUGCCGCUCUCACGACGGUGAUAACAACAACAUUCCAAUCACAAAAACAUACCCAGAUAGCCAUUUUGGCUAUUUGAUACUCAAAACGGUGGAAAAGAUGCCCUGGGCUUUUGGCAGCAAGGACUGGGUUUUUUACACGAGUCCUCAGGUAAGGGCAGUGGUUUUUGAACCCAAGUUGUUAAUAAGAGUGCUUGAUUCGAUACGCCGGGAAGCAAGAGUGGCGUUUCGGUUCUUCCUGUGGGCAGAAGCUCAACCGGGUUUUAACCGGUCGGGAUACGCUUUUUGUACUAUGCUUGAGAUUCUUGUUCAGAGUAAUUUGAUGGGUCGGACUUAUUCCUUGAUGAGGAGGAUAAUAAGUUUGGAUUUGGUUGAUGUUGUGGAUGUUUUGAUAGAUGGGUAUGUGAAUAAGGAGGUUUCAAUUAAGUUACUCGAUAUUUUAUUAGGGUUGUAUAUUAGAAACUCGAUGGUCAAGCAUUGUUUGUCGGUUUUCAAUAAGAUGAUAAGGAAUGAGUUCUUGCCGGAUGUGAAAGUUUGUAAUAGAAUCCUUAGGAUGCUUAGGGACAGGGAUUUAGGUGAUAAAGCAAGGGAAGUGUACAGAACGAUGGGCGAAUUUGGGAUUAAGCCGAGCAUUGUCACAUAUAAUACAUUAUUGUAUUCAUUUUGUAAGGAAGGUAAAGUGCAACAAGCGCUGGACCUUUUAAAUGAAAUGCAAAGAAGUGGUUGUGCUCCUAAUGAUGUUACAUAUAACGUGUUGAUCAGUGGGUUGUCAAAGAAAGGGGAACUUGACCGUGCCAAAAAUUUGAUUGAGGAGAUGCUUAACUGGGGAUUGAAAGUUUCAGCUUACACUUAUAACCCUCUGAUUUGUGGGUAUUGUAGGAAUGGAUUGCUUGUUGAAGCAUUGGCACUCGAGGACGAGAUGGUAAUUCAAGGAGUUCCCCCAACAGUCUACACUUACAAUGUAUUUAUGUAUGGUUUCUGUAAGUGGGGAAGAAUGACUGAAGCUAGACAAAGGUUUUGUGAUAUGAUGAACAAAGACUUGUCACCUGAUAUAGUGUCCUACAACACUUUGAUAUAUGGUUACUGUCAACUGGGGAACAUCAGUGAGGCUCUUCUAUUGCUAUACAAAUUAGAAGGUAGAAACCUCUACCCCAAUGUCAUUACCUAUAAUACUGUUAUAGAUGGCCUUUGUAGAUGGGGGGAAUUGAAGGAUGCGAAGAAGCUAAUAGAAGAAAUGACGAGUCAUGGGAUUCUUCCUGAUGUUUUUACUUAUACGAUUCUAGUAAAUGGUUCUUUCAGGGCUGGUAAUUUACAGAUGGCUAAGGAAUUCUUUGACGAAAUGUUGAAUGAAGGUUUGAAGCCUGACCACUUCGCUUAUACAACCUGCAUAGCAGCGGAACUUAAGCUUGGGAAUAAACCGGAAGCAUUCAGUCUUCAAGAAGAAAUGUUAGCGAAGGGUUUUCCCCCUAACUUGAUUACUUAUAACAUUAUCCUGGAUGGGUUGUGUAAAUUGGGCAAUUUGCAAGAAGCAUUUCAAUUGUUGCAAAACAUGGUUCGCGAUGGUCUCGUUCCUGAUCACAUAACAUAUACCAGCAUCAUUCACAGUCACUUGGAAGUUGGGCAUCUCAGGAAAGCAAGGGAGUUAUUCAACGAGAUGCUGAGUAAAGGCUUAUCACCUUCGGUAGUGACGUACACUAUGUUAAUUCAUGCUCAUAUUGGAAGUGGGAGGCUAGAACUGGCUUUCAUGUAUUUCUGUGAAAUGCAAGAGAAGGGUGUUAUGCCCAAUGUGAUCACCUACAAUGUGCUGAUAAAUGGUCUUUGCAAAUUGAGAAGAAUGGAUCAGGCCUACAGAUAUGUGGAUGCGAUGGAAACUCAGGGAAUACCCCCUAAUAAGUACACCUACACUAUAUUAAUAAAUGAGAACUGUGAUUUGGGUAAUUGGCAUGAGGCUUUGAGAUUGUACAAGGAGAUGCUAGAUAAUGGGAUUCAGCCUGAUUCUUGUACGCAUAGUGCAUUGUUUAAGAACCUAGGCAAGGACUAUAUGUCGCAUGCAGCUCAGUACCUUGAGUAUAUAAUACUGGAGAACGAAGAAAAUGCCAAAGUGAAGACUUAAUAAGACACAGGAGAGCGUUUUGGAUACCAUAUAUAUUGGUAAGAUCCUGGCAUAUUCUCAUGCUAGCACUCAUUGCUCUGGAAACUCCAGGGAAGAUUCCCGUGGGUGACUUUUCUGGCUUGUGCUGCGAAUGGGGGAUUUUUCGGCAACUCCAGAGGUCAAUGAAUCAAUCCUUGCCUUAGUUUUGCAUCUCAGACACAUCUAAGUAAAAGGGGAAUGCAGCCUCGGAUUGGACCUUUGAUUAUUAAUCCCAGAGGCCAUAUGUUGCAAAAAUCAAGACAGGCAUCUGAGUUCCUUCUACAACUUGGAUUACCCUCUUCGGCAGACAGUAGAUGGUAAAAUCCUUGUUGGAUCUCACAGAAGCUGCUAAUUCAUCACUAUACCAAGGGUUGUAGUUGUACAAGGGACUUUUGUAGGCAAAAACAGAGGAGCAAAUUUGGAUAUCAUUCCCAUUCUUUUCUCCUCCUUUGGCAAAUUCUUCCACAAUCUGAUAUCGAUCGUACAUGGUUGCAGAGGUAGUGGUGUUGCCCGAGUUCCAAAUACAUGCAAGUGAUGUGCUGUACACCCUUCAGAUGCAGGCAAUGAAUAGUGAUGGCAAUAUCCAUCUUGAUUGAUUCACGCUGUUGUGGAACUGACAUUCAUGAUGGAAAUGCAAACUUCAUGGUUUUGGGAAAUUCAUGAAGUAUCUCCAAAAGUAACGUCGUGUACAAAAGUGAUGCGUGAAGUCAAGGAUAAACUAGAGAUGGAAAGUAUAUAACAAAUAUUUUUAUUCUUGGCUUGGUGUGAUACGGUUUAUUCAGAUUAAAGGGGUGAUGAGCCUAUGCAGGGUUUUAUAUUGAGUUACUAUAUAGCGGGAGGGCUUUCUGAAAUUGAAGGGAUGGCGAUUGCUCUCGUUUGUCCGAGUCUUGUUCACCUCCAUAGAAAGGGGCAGCUUUUGAUAGAGGUUCCUCAAGAGGCGAUAUUGGAUGUGUUUUUGUUCAUAUUUUAGGCCUGUAACGUGCAAGUCACAGUCCAGCAUGCGUAGUAAUUCACCGAUAACUCCAUGGCUGUACGUAAGUUGUAAUAUUAUGUUGAUCACUUAUCGUUUUAUUUUUGGGUACUAUGUGACGAUACCAACACUAAACUAUUUGUGUCGUGGAGUCUAUUGACUGAUUUGAAUAAAUAUCAUAUACGUUAUACAAUGUGCUCAAAUAUUGACAUCAGCA